CUCCCAGCGACGGGGACAAUGGAAUGUGUGGCAAUCAUCACCACCGACGGCUCCAAAACACCACUCAAAGAUUGUAGAAAGGUAUAAGCCACGAUGUUGCCCCUGAUUGUGUCCUCCACCUCUCUAGUGCUGAGGAAGCGGCUGUUGACGCCACCUUCGUGCCGGAUUGCUCAAGCUUGGAUUCAUUCUUCCUCGGUGGCUCAACACUCAGCAGGCGACCAACCACCCAUCCGAAGAAGAAAUCAUGAGCUCUCGCAAGAAUCCAAGGAUAAAGUCGAGAGGAUCUUCCAGAAAAUCUUGUGGUUGGAUACAAUCGAAGUCCACUUGAUUACAGAACUCAUCAAUCAAAAGAUGGGCUUGAUUUUGACUCCCAAAGAACGAGCAUCGCUUCAAAAAGAAGUGGACCGGCAGCUGGCCGAAGAAGCGGGGGAAACCUUCAAAGCGGCAGGAUCCAAUGUAGAAGAGGAAGCAGAGAAGGGACCAUCUACAGUUGACUUGAAACUGACUGGAUUUGAUGACAAGAGUAAAAUUAAGGUCAUCAAGGAAGUUCGAAGUAUUGCUGGAUUGGGCUUGAAGGAAGCCAAGGAAUUGGUGGAAUCAGCUCCCAAGAUUAUUCAAAAGGAAUUGAAGCCUGAACUGGCAGAGGAAUUGAAGGAAAAGCUAGAAGCUGUUGGUGCAAAGAUAGAGUUAGUAUAAACUGCCUAGCCCAGCUAGUAAUGUAGUAAGAAACUGAGAAAAUUUCAU